GAAGUUUCUGGCCAUUCCAUUAUCCUACUGAGCUAGGCUUUGUGCUCUCAGCUCCAGCUUGAAGGCAUCAAUAUUACACUUCAUACAGCUGUAGUGAUGAACUUAGAGCCAGGAAAUAUGCCGCUACCGCCGGGCCAACCGUCGCCUCGUGGAGUGUCCGUCGCGAUCCAGCGCGUGGCAGACGACUUUGUCUUGCUCAUCGAGAGUGAGCGGGUGAAGGCACGAGAGCCUCUCGAACGGCAGCUCGCCAAGCUCGAGAACGAACACGCGCAAUUUCGAGAGAACGCUACCGCGACUAUGAACGCGGCCGUCGCGCACGCGACCUUGGCCGAGCAACAGAGGCGGAUGGCUGUUGCGGCGCUACGGGCCGAGUCAGCGAAGACCAAGGACGCCCAGAGUGCGCUGACGGGAUCGCAGGAGGAUGAGGUGAAGAGGGUCCAGGACGCACUCGUCGCCAAGGAGAAGGAGGUUGAGGUCCUACGGCAGGCCUUCUCGGAGCGCGAUCAGGAGAUCGCGUGGCUGCGCCAGCAGCUGUUGAUAUCGCGCCAAGGGACUGACGGGAAUGGCAGUGGCAGGCAGGAGCCCGCUCCAGACGCGGAGGCACAGGUGCGAAGCGUGCGCGAGAUGCUGAAGGAGCGCGACGAGCUCCUCGCGAACAAGAAUGCGCAGAUCGACGCGCUCAACGCGCACGUCGCCGAGUUGGAGGGUAGGAUUGUGGAGUUGCGGCGUGGCUCGACCCUCAGCCUGGGUGCGUCGACCCGAGAUGAAGACACUUUGAUGGAGGAGGCUAGCAUGGCGGAGUUCCUGAAUAUCGACCAGUGCGAUCAGGUAAGUAAUGGUGUUAUCCUUCCGUCGAGAAAUUGAAUCAUAGACGGCAUGAAAGAAUAGCACGAGCAAUUCCUAGGGGCAUCUACUAUGGAGUGUCUGUCUACCACAGAUAUGGAUCCAUUGAAUGAUGUUGCGACCACUCAAGAGGAGCAGGGUCUAUCAUCCCGGAGUACCCUCUAUCCAGAAUUCUCAAUUCCAACAAGUGAGGAAUUACUUGACUUCAUGUCCGCAUUUGCCUGUCGUUCUCCUAUGAUGGAUCCCAGUCUGCAGACACUCGGGACCCCUGGUAAUGCCCUGGCAGAAGAGGUUGAUGUCAUAUCAU